AUGUCAGUGAAUAAAAAUCGAGACGAUUCAAAAGGUGAUUCUGACGGAGAUAAUGAUUCAUCUAAAUGUGUUGGUCAACGAAUUGACGUUAAUACAAAUCAUUUUCCAAUCAAGUUUUCUAAACGAUCAAACGGAACAGUUUUCUAUCAAUUUGAUGUUAAAGUUGAAAUUUUAAUGCUUGAUGGUUCAUGGCAUUCAUGUAACAGAGAUGAACGUUUGCAAGUUCUUAAAGCAAUCAUUCAACAAGAACAUUUUCCAUUUGUUUGGUAUGAUGAUGAAAAAUAUUUAUAUGCAAAAGAAGAUUUAACCUGA